AUGGCGGCAGCAAUACCUCACAGCCUCGCAAAUAGGGCUUACGUCGUUUCGGGUGGGUUCUCCGGUAUAGGACUUGCGACAGUGCAUAAGCUCCUCCAACGCUCAGCAACUGUUCAUGUAGUAGACCGCGCCGACUCCCCUCCACCAUCCUUAAUUCAAGCCAGCAACAUAACCCCAAUGGGAAAAGUAUACUUUUAUCCCUCCACCGACGUUUCAUCACGCCCCUCAGUCCAAAACUCGUUCAAAAGCAUUCUCAAGCUCACCCCAAAAAUAAGCGGCCUCGUCAACAGCGCCGGUAUCUGCCCAUCCAGCGGCGGGAUUCUCGAAGACGAUGAGACGUUCCAACGCACUAUCGCAGUCAAUUUAACCGGAACCUGGAAUGUGGCCACCGAGCUGCUCCGGCACAUUCAGAAAACCUCUCCUUCCUCCCUAUCUGGGAUUUGCAGCAUCGUUAAUGUCGGUUCCAGUGCCUCAUACUACGGGUUUCAAACUCUGGGGGCCUACACGGCGUCCAAACACGCCGUGUUGGGUCUGACUCGCACCUGGGCUUUGGAUUUUGCGCCAUAUGGUGUGAGAGUCAAUCUUGUUGCGCCUGGUGGCACGCGGACGCCGUUGUCGGCGGCGCAGUUUAAUGAUGGGGAGAGAGGAGAUAUGUCGAGGGAGGUUUAUAACUUUAUUCCGAUGAAGCGGUUUGCGGAACCGGAGGAGCUGGCUGAUGCGAUUGUUUAUUUGUUGAGUGAUAACGCGAGUUAUGUUAUGGGGCAGAUUUUGAAGGUUAAUGGUGGAUGGCCUUGA